AAUCGUGGACUAAGAAAUUUUGAAUUUUCUGUAACAAGAGGGUUGGAUUCGAUUGUACGAUCGGAAUCUAGCGAAUCAAAUGGAAGACGAUCCAUUUCUCCGGCAGUACCAGCCGUCGGAACUUAAGAUCGUUUCGGAGUUUUUGACGAAUUGGCUUCCUUUCUUAUCUAAAGAUCUAUGCAAGGACUGUAAUAACCUUCUCUCCAAUCGAAUCCGUUCUCUUGACCCAGGUAACUAUUCUCAACUGUUUCUUAGAGGCGAGAAAGUUUCUGGUUUCUGUGGAAAAUUGAAAUUCUGUGUAGAAAACGGAGAUUUCUUCAUUAUCGUACUUGAUUCUGCACAUUUAGGGUUUGAACAUUGUUGUAGUAACACAGAGAAAGCUGAUGGAGAGUGUAAAACUGGUUCUGGUUCGGUGGUGGGGAAUAUGGGAUCUGAAAGAGUUAGUAACAGUGUGGAUGAUAAUUAUGAUGGGAAGUCGGAAAACGGCGAAGAAUUUGAUAAUCAUUCGUUAGGGAGUUGGAAGGAGAGUGAAAUUGUAUUUGGUUCCAUUUCUGAAGUUCUUGGUAGUGUACUACCCUCUAGACCAGCUGUUGUUGAAACAGCAAUCCCUCGAAUGUCUUGGGCUGAUAUGACACAAGAGGAUGAGUUCGAGGAUGACGAGGAGGAGGAGGAAGAGCAGAGGGAUUCGAGUAGGAAAGGUUUUGAUGCGAGUUCGAUGAGGACUCCAGAGAAGCCUAAGUUGUCUAGAGAUCAGAGAGAGAAUCUCAGGCUGAUGAAUGUGAAGAGAAAGAAAGACUUUAUUUGUUUGGAGAGAGUUAAGGGAAAGAUUGUUAAUGUGCUUGAUGGACUUGAGUUGCACACUGGUGUUUUUAGCGCUGUGGAGCAGAAACGGAUUGUUGAUCUAGUGUAUCAACUUCAAGAGAAGGGACGAAAAGGAGAACUUAAAAAGCGUACAUUUACUGCUCCACAUAAGUGGAUGAGAGGCAAAGGACGUGAGACUAUACAAUUUGGCUGUUGUUACAACUACGCUCCAGACAGAGCUGGAAACCCACCGGGUAUCCUUCAACGUGAAGAAGUGGAUCCAUUACCUCCUUUUUUCAAAGUAAUCAUAAGAAGGUUGAUUAAAUGGCAUGUACUGCCUCCAACUUGUGUUCCCGAUAGCUGCAUUGUAAACAUAUAUGAUGAAGGUGACUGCAUACCUCCGCACAUCGACAACCACGACUUUCUACGUCCGUUCUGCACCAUCUCUUUCCUCAGUGAGUGUGAUAUCCUCUUUGGCUCAAACCUGAAAGUUGAGGGUCCUGGUGAAUUCUCGGGUUCAUACUCAAUACCGCUUCCUGUGGGAUCAGUUCUGGUGUUAAAUGGAAAUGGAGCUGAUGUAGCUAAGCACUGUGUACCUGCAGUUCCCACAAAAAGAAUAUCAAUCACUUUUCGGAAAAUGGACGAGUCAAAACGCCCGGUUUGGUUCACCCCAGAGCCUGAUUUGCAAGGGGUCGAGCCAUUGCCAUUGGCGCUGAACCACUCUGGUUCUGCUUCAAGGUCCUCAGGAUUAAACAGCCAUAACAGCACUAACCGAAGAGGACAUGGACGUAGAGGUGGAGGCAAUAGUUAUGAGUCAAGAGGUCACUAUAAUCCUGAGAGAAGCAGUGAACACAAUGACUCUGGAGACUGGCCAUCAAGCCAGAGAAGAGGAAUGCCACGUCCUAGUAGAAGAAACUGAGAAUGGUGGAAUAAAUUUGCAUGACAUAA